AUUCACCAAUCCCCAGUAUUGUAGUAGGGGGAAAAACGAGAGAAAAGAAACAGCAGUAGCGGAGGCAAGACGAAAUGGUGGCCGCCGUCGCGUCGCCUUCGUCGGCGGCACCCUCCGCCGGCCGUCCCCAUCCGACAUACAAGGAGAUGAUCAUGCAGGCGCUGACGGAGCUGCGGGACCCGAGCGGGUCGAGCCGCAGCGCCAUCGCCACCUACAUCGCCGACCACUUCUCCGGCCUCCACUCGCGCCACGAUGCCCUCCUCUCCGUCCAUCUCCGCAGCCUCAAGUCCCAUGGCCAACUUCGCCUCGUCUCUGGCAACUACUUCGUCUCCACCGCCGCUCAGCGGCAGGGGCGAGGCUCCAACAUCCCGCCCAACCCCAACCCUGCUCCGGGGCAGAAGCGUGGUCGGGGGCGGCCUCGCAAGUACGCAGAUUCAGCCCCUUCCGCUUCGAUCCCGGCGUUUCAGGACGCCAAGCGAGGGCGUGGACGCCCACGCAAACGCAAGAGCGCCCAGGACCCGGUGGCUUCCUCCCCCUCCCCUUCGCCGCUACAGGGAGCAAGUGUUCCGCCGCCUCCAUCUGGGGUCAAGAGGGGGCGUGGACGCCCUCGGAAGGACGCCCUUGUCCCUCCGCCUUCCUCUUCUUCGCCACUGCUGGGAGGGAUUGAUCCACCGCCUCCAUCUGGGAUCAAGACGGGCCGUGCACGUCCUCGGAAGGCCCUUGUCCCUGUGCGUUCCUCCUUUUCCGAGCUGCUGGGAGCUGUUGUUCUACCACCUCCGUCUGGGGUCAAGCGUGGCCGCGGACGCCCGCGCAAGAGUGCCUACCCCGCUGUGGCGCCGUUGGUGGGAGCUGAGAAGGGACCUGCUGGUGGACAACCACAGAGGAAUACCACUCCUCUCUCACCGACACCUGCUACCAUGUCCCACAGUGGUAAGAGUGAGACUGUCCGGCUGCCCAAGGUUGCUGUUGAUAUCAGUGCUUUGCGUGGUUCCUCCAUGAACAUAUCUGCUUCUAGUAACAGUUUGGUUGGUGCGAAGCGGGGAAGAGGGCGCCCACCUAAGGUUGUGGUUGCUGGGAAAGAGAAGAUGCAACCUGAAUCUGUGCAGUCCGUGGAUGCUUCAUUGACUAAGAGAGGGCGUGGGAGGCCCAGAAAGGAGAAGGCAUUGGAAAGUGGCCGCAUGAAAGCCUCGCAGAUGACUGAGGGUCAACGUGAAGCUCUGACUGCAGACCAAGCUGGGGCUGUCCAAAAUGAAGUAGAAGAUAGGGAUUUGCAAUCCUUGGGUACUCCUUUGACAGAGAAGAGAGGCCGCGGUCGUCCUAGAAAGAGGCCGUUGGAAAUCGAAACUGCAAAAGCAGGGGCUGCUAAGCGUGGGAGGCCAAGAAAGGAGAAGACAUCUGAAACUGGGGACUUGAAAGUUGCACAGAUGACUGAGGGUCGGCAUGAAGCUCUGCCUGCACAAGCUGUAGACCAAACUGGGCCUGUGCAAAAUGAAGUUGAAGCUAUGAUUUUGCAAUCCCUUGCUACUACUCCUUUGAUGGAGAAGAGGAGUCGUGGGCGACCUAGAAAGAGGCCAUUGGAAACUGAAACUGCAGAAACCCAAGUUGCUGCAUCGGUGGAGAAGCGAGGGCGUGGGAGGCCAAGAAAGAAGAAUCCAUCGGCAGGGUGGUCUGCAGGAACCAGGGAUACUGCAUUAAAGGGGAUUAAGAGAGGGCCUGGGAGGCCAAGGAAGGCCAGGCCUUUUGAAACUGAGUCUGUGAAAACUGCACUUGAGGUGUCUAGGGACUUGACAGAAGAUGGGCCUCAAAAGGAUGGGGAUCUUGUGUCAGGGAAGAAAGCAGAUACUCAUGGUGUGGUUUGGUAGUGUCAACUGAGGAGGUAGCCAUUGCUCCCAUGGAUGCUGGGUGCGCAGACGCCAAGGGUUGAUCUGAUGGAUGUGGGCACCAAGAGUCACUAGUGCUCUGAUGGUGCGAACAAGAACAAAAAAGAAAUAAUGAUAGUACCUGAAAGGCUAAACAGAACAUGCAGCUAAUAAGUGUGUUCAUGGAUAUAAUUAAUAGCCAUACUGCAAGUAUUGCUAUAUGUUUGCACCAGUUUGAUUACUCGUAUGUUUUUGAGCAGUUCCAUUGGAAACUGCGUUUGAUGGGUUUCACUUUUGGGGGUUGGAUUUAAAUAUCUAACCCACAUCCUCUUUCUUUGUCAAGGACUAUAACAUUUUUGUAAUUUUGUUGCUUGUACUGGAAACUAGCCAUCAUAAGGUUCAUUUUGUUUUCC